AUGGACAGCCAGCUAAGAAAACAUCAAGAAGAUGGACCAAGCCAAAAAUACAUUCUUGGACAAUCAGCCGACAAACCAAUUCGUGCACGUUUUGCACCAUCUCCUACUGGAUAUCUACACUUGGGCUCGCUCAGAACAGCUCUUUUCAACAACUUGGUAGCCAAGGCAACAAAAGGGGGCGAUUUCAUCAUUCGAAUUGAGGACACUGAUCAGAACCGGUUGGUGCCUGAUGCCGAGGAACGCAUCUUCAAAGACCUUGAAUGGGCUGGUCUCUCGUGGAGUGAAGGUCCUGACAAAGGUGGUCCAUAUGGCCCCUACCGACAGUCAGAACGCCUUGAUACCUACAAGAAGCACACACAGACUCUGAUCGACAACGGCUCCGCAUAUCGCUGCUUCUGUAACCAGUCAGUUCUCGAAGCCCAGAAGCGGGCUCUUCACGACGCUGGCAAAUCUACAGCAUACCCAGGAACAUGCCGAUCCGUCCCUCGCUCCGAGUCUGAUGAGCGAGCCGCUAAGGGCGAGGCUCAUGUUGUUCGACUGAACUCGGGCCGCUUCGGCACGCCAAAGUUCAAGGAUGCUAUCUAUGGCCCCUUUCAGAAGAAGGAGCCCGAAGAGGACUUUGUGCUUAUGAAAACUGAUGGCUUUCCUACCUACCACCUUGCGAAUGUUGUGGACGAUCAUCUCAUGAAGAUCACUCAUGUUAUCCGUGGCGAGGAAUGGCUCAUCUCGACACCCAAACAUCUGGCUCUUUACGAGGCUUUUGGUUGGGAACCUCCCACCUUCGCGCAUCUGGGUCUUCUCGUUAGCAACGACGGAUCCAAGCUCAGCAAGCGCAAUGCCAGCGUUAACCUCUCGACGUAUAUGGAACAGAACAUAUUCCCCAUGGCUCUACAAGCCUGGCUCGCAAAUCUGGGCGCUUCAUUCAAGAAAGGGGCUCAGACACCACGGUUUCUGGAGGAUGUGGCUGAGAACUUGUCGUACAAGUUUACUCGUGGUGGUAUCAAACUUAACCCCCAAAAGCUCGAUUUCUUUCAGCAUGAAUACCGCAAUCUUCUUUUCAAGACUCCUCUUUCCGGCCACACUCCUCGCGAACAAGCUCUCAUUAGAGACAACUUGCUCAACCCCCUUAUCGACCAAGUCCAUGCAUUUACCUCGUCUUCGGAGGGAACUUCUGGCAACUACGAACACAUCCAACCGCGCGGUACCUCUCUAAAGUGGCCCAGACCCUUAACUCUGGUCCCAGCUAUGCUAUCAUCUGAAUCAUCACAACAGUCAUAUGCCUUCCAGAUACUCGCACAAGAAACUUCACGAUACGCUUCUGUCGCUGACAUACCCCGUCUACUGCCAUAUUUGUUCUGGCGUCCACCCAUCGCUGCCUACCGCGCAGCUUUUGCUACCGAGACUCCACGCCGUGAUCUGAUUGACCUAGUCCAAGAUACUGUCAAUUCGGCGGAUAGCUGGGAAAUGGCCCUCGACCGCCUGUUGGAGCGUAUUCCUGCUGAUCAAGCACCUGACCUGCACAGUGUCCUUCGUCUGAUCGCUAUCGGUAGUCCGCAGGCUGUCGGCAAAGCAUCCCGCAUUCUUUUCAGCGUGCUAGGUCAAGCUGAGUGGCGAGUUCGUGCUACCCAGGUGCGGGACCUGAUGGAAGAGCUGGACUCUGGUGGUGAGAGUCUCCGUCAAAAAUGGAAAGACGAAGCUGCAACCAUAACUGCAGAGACCAACGCCGCUGCUGAAUAG